AUGGAGUCGACUGCUUUGAAUGGGAGGAUGGCCCGAUGGCAGAUCUUAUUGUCUGAAUUUGAUAUAGUCUAUGUGAGUCAAAAGGCUGUAAAAGGGAGUGCAAUAGCUGACUUUCUGGCUAGUAGAGCUCUGGAGGAUUACGAGCCGUUGAGUUUCGAUUUCCCAAAUGAGGACUUGAUGUAUGUAGCGGCUACUGAAGAAAAUCCCCAAGAUGGUCACAAUUGGAAGCUAAACUUUGAUGGAGCCUCGAACGCUGUGGGCAAUGGAAUUGGGGCAGUCUUAGUAUCCCCGAACGGUGAUCAUUAUCCUUUCACUUGCAAAUUGGAUUUUAACUCUACAAACAAAAUGGUAGAAUACGAAGCGUGUAUCAUGGGCAUUCGUGCAACUAUAGAGCGUGAAAUUAAUGUGCUAGAGGUCUGUGGGGAUUCGGCAUUGGUAAUAUACCAACUCAAGGGAGAAUGGGAAACGAGAGAUCCCAAAUUAGUCAGUUAUCAAAAUUUGGUCCUUGAAUUGAUUAAAGAGUUUGAGGACAUUACUUUUUGCUAUCUCCCACGAGACGAGAACCAGAUAACCGAUGCACUGGCUAGGCUAGCCUCCAUGAUCAAAGUGAAUAGACAGGAGGACAUGAAGCCUAUCCAGAUGAGCAUCUAUGAGGGCCCGGCUCAUUGUUAUAAUAUCGAAGAGGGAGAAAGGGAUGAUAGUCCUUGGUAUCAAGAUAUACUACGAUAUGUAAAGAAUCGUGAGUACCUUGGCCAGGCAACUGAUAAUGAUAAGAGGACUCUGAGAAGACUAGCCAUUGAUUACGUCAUAGAUGGGGAGAUCUUAUACAAGAGAGGAAAAGAUCAGUUACUAUUAAGAUGUGUAGAUGCCGUGGAAUCUAAGAAAAUCUUGGAGGAGGUCCAUGAGGGCAUCUGCGGAACGCAUGCUAGUGGGUUCACGUUGGCUAGAUAG